AUGAUAACAAAUGGAGAUUUCUUGAUUCGAAAAGUGGCUUAUGUGAAAGGAUUGCAGCAUAACCUCAUCAGCGUCUCACAAUUAGUUGUGGGAACAGGUCUGAAAGUAUCAUUUGCUGAUGAGGGCUCAGAGAUAAUUGAGAAACAAUCCAAGAAGGUUCUGUUGAAAUCUGAACGCAAGGGAGAGAUGUACCCUUUAAAUCUCAACCCAAUACGAGGAAAACCAUCAAUAUGUUUGUUGUCAAAGAAAUCAGAUGCAACUCCCAAGUUGAAGACAUUUAUCAAGAAAGUGGAAGUGCAGCUAAGGAAGACGAUGAGGAAUAUCAUAAGUGACAAUGGUCUGGAAUUCAAGAAUAACGAUUUUGAGAGCUUUCUGGCUGACAAGGGGAUAACUCACAAUUUUUCGGCCCUUUAUACACCACAACCGAAUGGGAUUGUUGAAAGACGAAACCGUUCUUUAUGUGAGGAAGCCAGAACUAUGCUUAGUUUCGCUUCACUUCCAUUAUAUUUCUGGGCUGAUGCUAAAGCGAAAAACUCAGAGGCGAAUGCAGCAAAUAACAAGAUUGAUAAUCUCAAAAAGGUGAUAGAUGAAGAUGCCAAAGAAAUGGAAAGUAAACCUUCCAAAUCGACAGGUGGUCUAUCCUCAUAUGACUCUCCAAGCAACGGCUUAAAGUUCAAGGGGGAGAGUUCAACUACACCAAAGGCAACUGAAGUAUCUUUCGAGGGGGAGAAUCCAAUUCCGUCCCCAACUAAUAAAAAUCCAGGCGAAGGGGAAAGUAUUGAUCUGAUACCACCCAACAAUAGUCCAAUCGAGGGGGAGAAUCCGACUCCCACAGAGGAUGCAAACUUUGAUGCUGCCACAGGAUACACUUCGCCAGUUGAGGGGGAGAAAGAGAAUGCAACUGCCGAAGGCGAGGAUGAUCAAUCAGAAUUUGAAGUAGAGGUGAAUGCUGAAUUAGAUCCAACAUAUGAUCCAAACUAUCCUCUGUUAGUUGAACCGAAAACUGUAAAUGCUGCACUUGAUCAUUCUGAUUGGGUCCAAGCAAUGCGAGAUGAGCUUUAUGAGUUCGAACGCAACUGA